CGGCCCUGGGGAGGCAGCGUCUCCAUGUGGAAUUCUCCACCUUUUUCCAGGUUGUCACUGCCACCCAGCCCCUGCUGGUGUCUCUCUCUGCACAGCAGGGAACGAUGGUGAGGCUCCUGGUCCUCUGUCUGCUUGCCCUCCUUGUCUGCCUCGCCGUGGUCCAGCUGCUCAGCCCCUGCUCAGCUCAGUUUGCUGUGGUUGGACCCCCCGAGCCCAUCCUGGCCAUGGUGGGUGAAGACACUGAGCUGCCCUGUCACCUGUCCCCGGAGAUGAGCGCUGAGACCAUGGAGCUGAUGUGGGUGCGAUCCAGCCCCAGGCAGGUAGUACACACGUACUCAGAUGGGCAAGAGGACACGCCGGCAGCAGAGUUUCGAGGGAGAACUUGGAUUUCAAGAGAGGACAUCACUGCGGGGAAGGCUGCUCUCCGGAUUCGGGACAUCAGAGCCUCUGACAGAGGAACCUACCUGUGUUAUUUCCAAGAUGGAGAUUUCUCUGAAAAUGCCCAGGUGCAGCUGAAAGUUGCAGCGCUGGGCUCUGACCCCCACGUUGAAAUGAAGGGCUACGAGGCUGGAGGGAUCCGUGUGGAGUGCACGUCUGCCGGCUGGUACCCGCAGCCCCAGAUCCAGUGGAGAGACGCCAGGGGACACAGCUUGUCUGCUGAGGGGGCCACAGAGGCUGCAGACCCCCAGGGCCUUUAUGCAGCCUCAGCCUCUGUGAUCCUGGAGGACAGCUCUGGGGAGGGGGUCUCCUGUGUCUUCAGAAACCCCCUGCUGGGCCAGGAGAGGUCAUCAGCCACGGUUUCCAUUGCAGGCCCCUUUUUCCGGAACGCGCAGCCCUGGGUGAUGGCCCUGGGUGUGACCCUGCCGGCUCUGCUGGGGCUCCUGGCGGGGGCGGGGUACUUCCUGUGGCGACAGCAGAAGAAGAUCCAGGCCCUGUCCCAGGAGAAGGAGAGGGAGCGAGCGCAGAAAGAAGCAGCUCAGGCGGAGAAAGAAGCAGCUCAGGCGGAGAAAGAAAAGCUGAGGGACGAACUCAGGUGGACAAAGAUACCCUACCUACCACGUGAGGAGCGGUCUCAGGUCUAUGCAGAGUGGAAGACGGCCCUCUUCCAGCCUGCGGAUGUGUUUCUGGACCCAGACACGGCGCACCCUGCCCUCCUGGUUUCUGAGGACAAGAGGAGCCUGCAGUGGACAGACACAUGGCAGAACCUGCCAGAAAACCCCAAGAGAUUUAACCGGGCGUACUGUGUGCUGGGCUGUGAGAGCUUCAUGUCAGGGAGACACUUCUGGGAGGUGGAGGUGGGGGACAGGGCACAGUGGCGUAUUGGGGUGUGCAGGGAGGACUUGAGGAGGAAAGGGAAAGUUAAAAUGGCCCCUGAGAAUGGAUUCUGGACAGUGGGGCUGUGGCCUGGGAAGGGUUACAGGGCUCUCACAGACCCACAGACCACAGUGACCAAUGUGAGCCCCCCUGAGAGGGUGGGGGUUUUCCUGGACUGUGAGCUGGGGGUGGUCUCGUUCUACAAUGCCCUCGACGGGUCUCACAUCUUCACCUUCCCGCACACCCACUUCUCUGGGCCUCUGAGGCCUGUUUUCAGGAUCUUCAAAAAGGAGCCCACUCCCUUGACCAUUUGCCCAGUGCAAGAAGCAGUGGGGGGGAUCCCUGUGCCUGACCCAGGGCCUGACCCUUUCCUGGAGACCCCAGUGUCCCCGGGCACAGCUGGUGGGAAUGGGGACCCUCAGGCUGAAGAAACGUCUCUGCUCCUCGCUGCCCCGCCUGGAGCUGAGGGCCUCCUGGACAGCAAACCUCUCAGCAGGAAAACACUAAACACACUGAGUGACGGACUUCACUGACACUCCCUCAGUUUUUCCACAUGAGAGACAAGGAGACCAGGGUGCAGACAGUGAGUUAACUUUCCAAAGGUGAGUUGGGGGCUUUGAAUGACCAGAGCUGAGAUUUAUAGGUGACUUCACAGGUACUGGAUGAUGUGCUAAUUGUUUCAG